AUGCAAUCAAAUUGCACGGCUCAGCGAACAAAACUCUGGCCAUCUACGCUACCUGAGCUACCAACAUUUUCCUCCAUAGAACAUCUAUAUACCAUUAUAAGACCAUGGUCAGUGGCCAGUUUCAGUGCCAGUUGUAUAUUCAGAUUCAACUCUUGGAAAAGGGAGCCUUUUCGUUGCGAAUUGAACGUCACUCCAAUAAAAAACGAACGAGGAUUUGUCGCAUUGUUUCUCUGCGUGUACAAACUCCUACCAUCGCCCAAACUUCCAAUGAGUCGUUCUGUGCUCCCACUGAUGCACUCUUUUACUCGGUUGGACACUCUGAAUACAGUGGCUCCGAGCCCAAGACUAUUGGAUGGGUCGUGUACGUUCCAGUGUCAAAUGGAUUCUGCUUUGAAGGUUCUCUACCUCAAUGAGAUGGCGAGAUGGCUAAAGUGGUUAUGGCGCGAAUUUAGUGACCAGAAUAUCUGUGGUUCGAACCCGACCUCUGCAUCUCGACUUCCCCUGUCUAGGCUUGGGUAA